UUUUCAUAAUUACUUCUCCAAAUUCAUUUCAUUUUGUUUUUGGUUACGUUAGCAAAAUCGCAACAGAGAUUGAAGGAAAAGAAGAAUACGUAAAAAGGGAGAAAAUGGGUGCGGUGGAACGCAGUGUGGAAGAAUUUUUGGAGGAGAAGAAGCGCGUGAGGAACCCUCUUGUCCCUGUCGGUGCACUUAUUACUGCUGGAGUGCUCACUGCUGGGUUAAUCAGUUUUAGACAAGGCAAUUCUCACUUGGGUCAGAUGCUAAUGAGAGCUAGGGUGGUAGUUCAGGGGGCCACAGUUGCACUUAUGGUUGGCACUGCAUACUACUAUGGGGAUAAUCCCUGGAAAUCGAGUUAGACUCUGAACUACUCAGUUUCUUGUAGUUCUCAUAGUGGCCACAUUACCAAUUGGAGGACCAAUGUCCUAAUAAGUAACACUUAAUUUUUAUUGCUUUACAUGAUCAAAUUUGCUUAGUUGCAAUCAUUACUUUUUAUUUUGCGAAUUUUGUAGCUACAUGUUCAACAAAAGCAUCAUACCCAAAUGACCACAGUUGAUAUAUUUUGGAAAUAAAUUGAAUGUGCUGGCUGGUUGCAGCAUUCCUUCUAGGCA